AUGGAGGGGUCGGAGCCAGGAGGGAGCGGGUACGACCGCCGAAGGACAGAGUGCCAGCAGGCCGAUCCAGUCAUAACCAUCACCAAGGUCCCGAUAGUCAUCAUAAAAGUCAUCACCAUCACCAAGGUCAACAAGGUCCUGAUAGUCAUCAUAAAAGUCAUCACCAUCACCAAGGUCCUGAUAGUCAUCAUAAAAGUCAUCACCAUCACCAAGGUCAACAAGGUCCUGAUAGUCAUCAUAAAAGUCAUCACCAUCACCAAGGUCAACAAGGUCCAGAUAGUCAUCAUAAAAGUCAUCACCAUCACCAAGGUCAACAAGGUCCUGAUAGUCAUCAUAAAAGUCAUCACCAUCACCAAGGUCCUGAUAGUCAUCACCAAAGUCAGCACCAUCACCAAGGCCAACAACAUCCUCAUUGUAAUCACUAAGGUCAACAACAUCCCCAUUCGCAUCACCAAGGCCAACAACAUCCCCAUUGUCAUCACCAAGGCCAACAACAUCCCCAUUGUCAUCACCAAGGUCAACAACAUCCCCAUUGUCAUCACCAAGGUCAACAACAUCCCCAUUGUCAUCACCAAGGUCAACAACAUCCCCAUUGUCAUCACCAAAGUCAGCCCCAUCCCCAUUGUCAUCACCAAAGUCAGCCCCAUCCCCAUUGUCAUCACCAAAGUCAGCCCCAUCCCCAUUGUCAUCACCAAAGUCAGCACCAUCCCCAUUGUCAUCACCAAAGUCAGCACCAUCCCCAUUGUCAUCACCAAAGUCAACAACAUCCCCAUUGUCAUCACCAAAGUCAGCACCAUCACCAAGGUCAACAACAUCCCCAUUGUCAUCACCAAAGUCAACAACAUCCCCAUUGUCAUCACCAAAGUCAGCACCAUCACCAAGGUCAACAACAUCCCCAUUGUCAUCACCAAAGUCAGCCCCAUCCCCAUUGUCAUCACCAAAGUCAGCCCCAUCCCCAUUGUCAUCACCAAAGUCAACAACAUCCCCAUUGUCAUCACCAAAGUCAGCACCAUCACCAAGGUCAACAACAUCCCCAUUGUCAUCACCAAAGUCAGCCCCAUCCCCAUUGUCAUCACCAAAGUCAGCACCAUAAUCCCCAUCACCAUCAGCAUCAUCAGGGCAAGAGGGGGUGGGUAUGUCUCUAUUUUUAUCACUGCACUUGGCAGAGGCACGGUCACCAUGAAACUCAAGACUCCAGGACUUGUUGUUCCUUCCAAGCCUGCUGUCAUCACUCCCUCCUCUCCUUGUAGUUUCUCUGUAUGUCACUCCUAAAGAAACCUCUCCUUUCCACUCUACCUCCCAGUAACAGCGGCCAGUCAGAACCUCUCUACACAACACCUGGCUAGAGGAGUCAAGUUCCUCUGGGUGAUCAGCAUAUGACUGCUUCUCCUCCACCUCUGUCACCUUUGUGUUGUCUUU